GUGCGUUCCUAAAAUAGCAUUGUCCAGUAUGAGACUUCCGAAGACAGUUCAUUAUACUUUUAGCUUCCAAUCAAGUUUGUCAAUACUGAACUGGAUUUCAUAAUCGUGUCUAUUUAUUGAAAAAAAGUACCGUUUGAAACAAUGUUACAUAGCUGAGUACCUUGGAAUAGUCGAAUUAUAUACAAUCCUUAAUAGUGGCCGAAAUUUUGUCAAAAACAUUAUUGAAGAUCUAUCUACUUAGGUAUCAAAACAUUGUGCAGUGAGUUCCAUUUUUUCGAAGUUUGUAAACAAGCAAGGAGAAUGUCCAAUGUCAAACUUGCGAUACGAGUUAGACCAUUUAGCGAAAGGGAAUUAAAAUCAGAGAAGGAUCGCGUGCCGGUCGUGAACGUGGUUGACAGUAACACUGUUACGAUUACUAAUAUCAAAGUAAGCAUAUCUGGAGCAGGCGACAGUCGUGAGCGCAUCAGGCAGUACUAUGCGGACUACACCUUCGACAGCUUCUGUCCAGGCACACAUCCAUCCUAUGCGUCACAGGAGAAGGUCUUCGAAAGCAUUGGUCGAGAAGUGAUAUCCAGCGUAUCACGAGGCUGCUCAGCAUGUGUGCUGGCGUACGGGCAGAGUGCAACGGGCAAGACACAUACUAUGAUGGGUAGUGACGCACAGCCUGGCUUGGUGCCUCGACUUUGCAAGGCUCUCUAUGAAUUGCAACCAUUUGACUUCACUAUCAGUUUCUUAGAGAUAUACAACGAGCGAGUACACGACUUGCUGUCAGGGGAAGUGCCGCUCCCUCCCUGCCACUCUCUACCUCGACGCAGAGGAAAUGCGCGCAAAGAUUUGCGUGUCCGUGAGCAUCCUUCCAGAGGACCUUAUGUUCAAAAUCUUCGUCGCGUGUCAGUGCAAGACGUGGAAGCUCUCCUGUCGCUGGUAGCAGAAGGUACCCGCCGCCGUCGCACAGCCGCCACUCGCCGUAACUCCACCUCAUCCAGAUCCCAUGCGCUGCUUGAAAUCACCACACCACACGCCACACUGCACCUCGCUGAUUUAGCUGGAAGUGAGAAAGCAAGUUGGGAGGGUUGUGGCGGCGGCCGGCAGAAGGAAGGUGCUAACAUAAACAAGUCUUUGGUUGCUCUCAGUAACGUGAUCUCAGCACUAGUAAACGGCGGUUCGACGCGAGGCAAAUUCGUUCCUUACCGUGAUUCGGCGCUCACGUGGCUAUUGAAGGACUGUUUCACAGGCGGUGCCAGCACAUUUAUCAUAGCUACUGUGUCUCCAAGUGUCGUCUGCUACGGUGAAUCGGCUUCAACACUGCGCUGGGCCGCUCGAGCUCGUCAGCUACCAACACCUCGCACUGUCAGUUGUGAAUCUCACGUAGCAACCAGAGCUGCGUUACAAGCACAGCUGAAUCAACUCAUCUCUGAACUCUCAAGGAACCAUAUUCGAUAUGUACCAGAAACCGGUAAAAUAUUGUUUGAUGAAGAACAUUGGGCACCACGAGUAAAUCAAAAUGAUUCUCAACAUGAAGAUUUAAAUAAAGUAGCAAUCAUAGGCAACAUUAUGAAUAUUACGCGUCUUAAACCGGACGCGACCAAUUCUGAGUCCACAGCUUCAUCAGUAGCUAGCGGCAGUUCAGAUGUCAUUAACACCGUGGAUAAAAAUUCGACAAUUGCAAGUGAAAUUAAUAAAGAGAUGGAUAAAUUGUUCGGACCUGCGCUGGAGAGAGCGAGCAGCGGAGAUGACCUUAAAGUAAUUGCUCCACUAAGACACAAAAAACGACAAUUUAGAUCUCAAGAAGUUUUAGCAAAUGACGACAUAUCGACAAUUAGUCAAAGCAGCAAUUUGGUGACUACUCUACCUAGUCAAAGUGAAGCUAGUAUAAACGAAGCACCGAGUACAGAUAAAACGAAAGUCCCUCAUAUAACUAUCCUACAUGACAAUCAGAGGGCAGAAAUUGUAGCUUCGGUGACAGAACGACUUUACACAAAACUGAAAAAGAAGGAAGAAGCCGCUGUCUCUAAAGUAGAAUCAAUGGUAGACAGAAAAAUAAUGGAACCAUUAAGUGAACUAAAGAUCUGCACUAAUGCACGCCAGAGACUUAUGGAGUUAAGUCAGAAAGCUAUUCGAAAUAAAAGAAGGAUAGGAAUACCAGCGCAUACACAGACAAGACAUACAGUAACUCGUGUGAGAGAUCAAGCCGUCGACGUGCAAACAGAUCUAUAUUCAUAUAUUUCCAGAAAUGGGCAUCCUUAUGCAUUUUGUCGAGACGUAGCUACUGAGACGGUGCACAUGACACCCCGUUGUAAAGAAAUAGCCGUUGGUCCAACAGGAUCGCUCCACUCUUGUGAUGUGUCUACAGAAACAAAGAUCGUAACUUAUAAAAAUUCAAAUGUUAUGACUGAUAUUGUAAAUCAAAACGAACGAUGCACUCAAACAAUAAUUGUGCCUCCGCCUAGAAGAAGAAAACGUUCAUCUACAUCAAAACAUGUUUGUUGUAAGGAAAAUCGUAAUUUUUCAGAAGAAUGUAUUUCUGCUCCAGUAAUAAGUAUAAACAUCUCACAAAUGUACCCUGUAGACACUGAAUCUCAAACUUCUGACGAUAAUUCUGAAAAGUUAAAAGUAGCACACAGUAAAUCCAGUGUUGUAACGAGUACUCCAGAUCUUUUAACUAAUCACAGUACAAUUGACCCACAAAACGUAAUUGAUAUAAAAGAAGAUGAAAUUUGUGUUUUGGUUAAUGUGGCAGAAGAAAGAAAAGUUCCUGUAAUCAUCCAAGAAGAUGAUGAUAUUAAAUCAAUCGAUCCUGUAAAGCACAAUGAAGAGUUUCCAGAUACAGAAGACUUCGCCUUGCCAAGAGUGAGUCCCAAUCCUGCAAGAACAGUUAAUUCUUCAGAGAUUAAAAACAUGAUACUAGGACGAAAUCAAAAUAUAUAUCCUUACAAUAUAAUAUUAUCACCGCCAAAAGAAAGGGAUUCCAAACGCAUAGUUACAUUCAAAGAUAAUCAUGCAGGCAAAACCAAUGAUACUGCUUCAGAAACUAGAAAUGUAGAUGAAACUAAUGGUGACAUAAAUAAAAAUGAAAGUGCUUCUGACAUGACAACAUCUGAUAAAGAAUUCCCACUGGAAAAGGAUUACGAAAGCCUGUAUUCUGAUUCUACAGAAUCAAGCAAAGUAGAUACUGACUCUUUCAUCUGGAAACAAGGCAGUAGUCGAACAAUGGGAUGCUUAAAGAAAAAUUACAUUCCAGUUUACAAAAGUUCCAAAUACAAAACAACAAAAGCGCGAGUUUUUAAAGAUUUUUUGGGAUUAGAAUCUGAAGGGCAUCAAUUAGGACUUAAUAGUUAUGAAACUCGUGAAAACAUAAGAGAUGUUAGCUCUAGUGAUAGUAGAGAUACAGAUAAUGGAUCAGAGUAUAAAAGCAGAAGACGCAAGCCAUAUUCUGAAAACAAAUCUUAUUACAAUCGUGGUAGAGACUAUAAUGAUGACGUGAAUGAAUAUCAGAGUAUAGAAAGAAAAUUAAUUAAUUCUUGUAAUAACUUGGAAGAGUCAGUUAACAGAUAUGAAAAUUAUGUCUCUAAUUAUAAGGAAGGUAUGAAAAUAGACGGCGUUGAGAGCACUACACGUAGGCCUAAGGAGUACUUACAGCAUUUGGUACAAUUAAGGCGAGAGGUAGUUAAGGCAGAAAGCGAUAACACUGAUAGUUCAUCCAUGGAUGUAUCUAACAAAUAAAAUACUCGGGUUUGUGGAUUUAGCCGUAAGUUUAAACUGUGUUUUUUAC